AUGGAAAAAAUACAGCAUCAGAAGGUUCGUGUGAGGCAUAUGGUUAUGAAGCCAAUGGAAGACAGAUAUCCAAAAUGGCCGAAUGAUAAAAUGGAUAAUGAGCGGGAGAACCUGAUAAAAGAUAUCAUCAAUGGUCAGCUAGAUGAGCAGUUUUGGGAUGUAACUCCAACUACCAACUCGCCAAAGAAGAGAAAAAUUAGUGUUGCAGCAUCUGUUAUUCCAAAUGUCAGUCCUUCUACUAAGCGACAAAAGGGAAAAGAACCGGCUCAUGGAGGUGAAACAUCUGAUAUGGUAUGUUUUAGAAUUUUCCUGAUACUUUGUGAUACAAACACAUUUUUUAUGAUGUCACUAACAUGGUUCGUUUGUGGAAUACAGUUCGCAGCUCAGAACGUGGCUAUACUCGGUUUAGUUGACUCCAUCUCCAAACUCACUGAAAAAAUAGAAGGCAUGGAUGUUAGUGUAGCUGAGAAAGUUACUAAAAGUUUAGAAGGUACAAUACAAGAUAAGGUGGACGCUACAAUGGGUCCUAUUAAGGAUGAGUUGCUGAAGAAGAUAGCAAGUUUGGAGAAAGAUGUGAAGUUUUUUAAAAACAAAGCUGAUGUGAACAUCCCUCAAGGUGUGGCCGACUCCAACUCUGAAAAUUCCAAGGCCAACGAAGAUGAUGCUUCUAGCAACGAUUUGUCUUGGAAGAUUGAGAAGAAGAUCAGUUCACUUGAUGGUUUGCCAAUUCAAAGUGUUGUUAAGAAGGAGAAGAAGGCAAAGAAGACGAUGGAGAAGGAGGAGCUUAAGGGUGAGGAAGAUGCAGUGCCACUGAAAAAAGUGAAGAAGGAGAAGAAGGAUACUGUGCGACUGAAACCCGUGAAGAAGGAGAAGGAAGAUGGACGACUGAAAAAGGUGAAGAAGGAGAAGAAAGCAAUUGACAUCCGGCAGCUGAAAGAUGAGUCUAUUUUGAGUCAAGAGUGGGAAGAUCAUCUGAAAUGGGAGAAGACUGAACAGUGUAGACAAAUGUUGGAAGAACUUGCUGGCAGUUUAGAGAAGUCUACACGUAGACGGAAGCCUCAGUUGACAAAGACUCAAGUAUGUCCGUACGUUGGGAGUUCAAUGGUGAAGCGUAUAAUAAGUGAUUCAAAGAAGGCGUAUGACCCAUUAGCUAAAGUCGAGUCUGGAAAACUCCAGAAGCUUUUGGAUUUCAUUAAACAAGAUCUGGACAGCGAGGAAAUUAGCUACGGAGACAGUUCCGGUCAGUUUUACUUGGUACCAAGAGAAGUGUGGCCAACACCCGAUUACGGCUGGUUGGGUGAUGGACACAUGGCCGCAGCUCUUCUCAUGUACCACCGACGUUCCAUGCUUUCCACAUCUCCAUAUGCCACCUCUCGAAUAGCUUGA